AUGUCCAAGGCUCAGUUUAUUCGCGAGUACAAGCUCGUCGUCGUCGGCGGUGGUGGUGUCGGCAAGUCGGCUCUCACCAUCCAAUUCAUUCAGUCACAUUUCGUCGACGAGUAUGACCCGACCAUCGAGGACUCUUACCGCAAGCAGUGCAUCAUCGACGAGGAGGUCGCGCUUCUCGAUGUCCUCGACACCGCCGGCCAGGAGGAGUAUGGCGCGAUGAGGGAGCAGUAUAUGCGGACGGGUGAGGGCUUCCUCCUCGUCUACUCGAUCACGUCGCGCUCGUCGUUUGAGGAGGUGUCGACGUUCCACCAGCAGAUUCUACGUGUCAAGGACAGAGACUACUUCCCGGUCGUGGUCGUUGCCAACAAGUGCGACCUCGAAUAUGAGCGCCAGGUCCAGCCGCACGAGGGUCGUGACCUCGCCAAGCGUUUCGGUGCGCAGUGCAUUGAGACCUCUGCAAAGCAGCGUGUCAACGUCGACGACGCGUUCGUGGCCGUUGUCCGUGCCAUCCGGCGGUACCAGCGUGAGACUGGUCCCCAGCAAGGCGCCAUUCCCGCCGCACCGGGCAAGUCGCCGACGGGCGUCGCUGGUGGCCGCCCCGCUGAGAAGCCCCAGGAGGACGAUGCGCCGGGCUGCUGCGGUGGCUGCGUCAUUCUUUAA